AUUCGUAAUGACGUGUGACAUUUCGUUAUUGUUGACGUUUUCCUUCCAUUAAUAAAAUCUUCACUUUUUACAUACGUGUCAAGUGAGCUUGUACGCGUUCGGCUUUAAAGCCCUAAUUAUAAGAUAUAACUGACAAAUAUAUUUCAAAUCAAUUAAAAUGGCGCCAAAACAGAGGAUGCGUAUCGCCAACGAGAUCGCCAGUAAAAACAUCACCAUGCGAGGAAAUGUGCCCAAAACCACCAAGGAAAAAGACGAUCAGUACCCUGUAGCACCAUGGCUUCUAGCUCUCUUCAUCUUCGUAGUCUGUGGCUCGGCGGUCUUCCAAAUUAUCCAAUCCAUAAGACUCGCCUAGACCGCCCCCCCCCCCCCUCCCACACCCAUGUGAUUCUUCGACUGAUAAAUACUACCCAAAAGUGCAAUCCCUACUUGUGGCUUGAGUAGUUUCUUCACACAUACAAGUCUAGAGUGAGAUAGACAACCCUGCAUUCCAUUACUAUGUAGGUAUUUACGCGCCAAAAUUAUUUAUACCGCUUACCAUUCUUUGUAUUUUGUUCAAUAUUUGUAUAUUAAGACAUUUCGAUAACAAAAUACACUCGGGGUUGAUUUUGAAGCUCUGUUUCUUCUCUAAAUUUCUCUUAAUAUUUGAAUUUGAUAAUUUAGCAAUAUUACUAUUUUAUGAACAUUCAUAAACUAAAUUUUAUAACAGUUUUAACUUAAAUGUAACUUAGUAAAUUAGUUCAUAUUCGUCCUAAAAAUAAAUAUUUCACUGUAAUAUCAUAAAAUUGAAAUUUUAAUAUAUAUUUAGAGAGCAGACACUUCGGAAUGGGCCCCAAUUAUUGUGUUUAUCAAACUUCUCAAGUCACGACUGUAACAGAGGACAUAACAUUUAUGUGCAUUAUUUCACUGCGCAAUCAUUGUGUAGCUUCGAAAGUUGCAUCUUAUUGUGUUUAGUCAUAUAAGGUCAGAAUUUAAAUAUAUAAUCUCAAAGGAAAACAUUGUUCAUAUAUUCUUGUAUAUUGUAAAAAAAAAAAAUAAUAUUAAGAGUGCUGGUCAAUCUACUACAAUAAUAGAUCCGCAACUUGGAGGUCUGUUAAAUAGAAAAUGCAGCUUUUCCAUUUUGUAUUUGAGAGUGGAGCUCAUCGGUGGAGCUCUACGAUUUUCAGCGAGUCCCUUCACCUCGACCAACGUCCUUUGAUCUGCCUAACGUAACUAUACCUUGGCCUCCCCGUCCCCUCCUUCCUUCUACCUUACCGUCUAUUAUAAUGUUCAUAAGUUUAUCGUGUCGUAUUAUGUGUCCCAACAUUUUCUCCCUUCUGACCUCGAUGGUUUUUAUAAUGUAUAUUUAUUAUUAAAUAUGGAAUUUUAACGAGUUAAAAGCAAGAUUUAAUAAUAAAAAUGUAAUAGUUAAAUCUAUGAAGUAGAGCUGUUUUUUUUAUCUAUAUUUUAUUCAAUAUAUCUAUAGCAAAAUAUACUUAAAAUUAUUUGGUAUAAAGUCUAUUAUUGUAGUACAUAUUAUUAUUGUAUGUACAUCUAUUAUUGUAGUAGACUGACGAAGUGAUGAGGAUUGAAGCAUUUAGAUGAAUAUUGUUGAAGAAUUAUUAAUUCGUUCAUUCCUAUUAAUUUUAUUGAGACAAUUGUGUUGAAAGACGCACAAAAACUGACUUUUGGUAAAGUUGUUUUUUUUAUUAUUAUUAUUAUUUAUUGAUAAUAUAUAGUUCAAUUUUAUUGUCGUAUAUUGUCCAGAUUAAUUAUUUUAACAUCACAGUAAUAAAAUAAUUUGUCAACUCUAUUUUUUUAAUUUUGAAUAUAAUUCUAUUGAUUACAGUAUAUUUGUCGGAA